AUGACAAUAUAUUCGUUCCACAUCUUUGAUAGACAUUGCAAUUGUAUUUACAAUCGAGAGUAUUCUCAUUCAUCAUCAGAUAACAACAACAAUAGUACCACGGUAGGAAUAGUGAAUAAGAACAAUGAUUCAAAUGGAUCCAAGUUAUUAUUCGGUAUCUUAUACUCACUUAAAUCAAUGUCAUCCAAAUUAAUCGAUGAAGAAACAUCUCCUAUUCCAAAUGCAUUGAAAUCAUUCACAUUAGGAAAAUUCAGAAUUCAUUAUUUCGAGUCUCUCACAAAUCUAAAAUUUAUCCUUAUCACAGAUAUCAAUAUAGAUAAUUUACAGCAUAUACUUUGGGAAUUAUAUUCCAAUUAUUACAUUAAGAAUUGUAUUCAAAACUCUUUAAGUCCUAUUGAAUUCAAAAUCCUGGAUGAUUUAAAAGAAAAUGAAUUGACGGGUAAAAUCAAUAAUCAUAAUUUCAUACAUCAAACAGAUCAAUUCCUACAAUCUUUAAGUGUAUUUAAUUAG